GGAAAGCCCCUGAGGACGGAGCUUGUAACUAGCAGACAGGACCGGAGCAGUUUUUUAAAGCAGAACUGCGGUGGGCUGAGGCAGAGCUGUGCCGCUCUGGUCCCCGGCCUCUGCUGCCCUGGGACACAGAGCACCUGCUAGGGAGAGAUCUGGAGUGGAGACCCCAUCCGGCCCACACUGGCACUGCCAGCCAUCUGCCAGGACAGGAAGCUGCCGUUGCACACAGACCAGGCACGGAGCAGCCACACCUCCCCAGCCCACCACCACCUUCCCCAAAACAUGCGAAACCAGGGCUCUAACCACGCAAGCAGCAGAUGGGAAGGAGAGGCACUCAGUGUCCAGAGGUGCCGUCCCGGGACAGCAUGGUGCACAGCAGGUGGACGCCCUGGCUGCCUGUCCUUGUGGUGUCGGUGGUGUGGUCAGCCAGUGCAGAAUACUCCAGCUGCGGCGAGGAUGAGUUCUACAACCAGACGACCGGGUUGUGCCAGUUGUGCCCACCCUGCGGGCCAGGCGAGGAGCCCUAUAUGUCCUGCGGCUAUGGCACCAAGGAUGAGGACUACGGCUGUGUGCCCUGCCCCGCCGAGAAGUUCUCCAAAGGGGGCUACCAGAUCUGCAGGCGCCACAAGGACUGUGAGGGCUUCUUCCGGGCCACGGUGCUGACACCAGGGGACAUGGAGAACGAUGCAGAGUGUGGGCCAUGCCUCCCUGGCUACUACAUGUUGGAAAACAGACCCAGGAACAUCUAUGGCAUGGUCUGCUACUCCUGCCUCCUGGCGCCCCCCAACACCAAAGAAUGUGCAGGAGUCUCCUCAGGGGUCUCUGCCAACUCUCCCCGCACAUCUGGGGGCAGCACCUUGCCCCCCUCCCAGCAUGCUCACAAAGAGCUCUCAGGCCAAGGACACCUGGCCACUGCCCUGAUCAUUGCCAUGUCCACCAUCUUCAUCAUGGCCGUGGCCAUCGUUCUUAUCAUCAUGUUCUACAUCAUGAAGACCCGGCCCUCUGCCCCAGCCUGCUGCAGCAGCCCCCCUGGAAAGAGCGUGGAUGCCCCUGUGAGCCAGGGUGUGGAGAAGAAGGAGGCCCCAGAUGGUGUAGUGAUCUUCUCCGAGAAAGACGAAUUUGAGAAGCUGACGGCGACCCCAGCAAAGACCACCAAGAGUGAGAAUGAUGCCUCUUCAGAGAAUGAGCAACUGCUGAGCCGCAGUGUGGAUAGUGACGAGGAGCCGGCGCCCGACAAGCAGGGGUCCCCAGAGCUAUGUCUUUUGUCACUGGUGCACCUGUCCCGUGAGAAGCCAGCUCCCAGCAGCAAGUCAGCUGGGAUCCAAAGCCGAAGAAAGAAGAUCCUGGACGUGUACGCCAACGUGUGCGGUGUUGUAGAAGGCCUCAGCCCCACGGAGCUGCCCUUCGACUGCCUGGAGAAGACGAGCCGCAUGCUCAGCUCCACAUACAACUCUGAGAAGGCCGUGGUGAAGACCUGGCGCCAUCUGGCAGAGAGCUUUGGGCUGAAGCGGGAUGAGAUUGGGGGCAUGACAGAUGGCAUGCAGCUCUUUGACCGCAUCAGCACGGCGGGCUACAGCAUCCCUGAACUCCUCACCAAGCUGGUGCAGAUUGAGCGGCUGGAUGCAGUGGAGUCGCUGUGCGCAGACAUUGUGGAGUGGGCGGGGGUUGCGCCGCCUGCCUCCCCACCCCCGGCUGCUGCGUCCUGAGGAUACCUGGGACUUCCCAUCCUCCCCGCAGGAGCUGGCAUCUCUGGGCUUGGCAGCUAUGGAAUCCAGGCUGUACAGGGUCACAGUGCACCUUACAGGAAGUGGCCCUGCCUGCUGCCCCACCGAAGCGAAGGCUGAGCAGCCCUCCAGACCCUGGCAUUUCGGGAACAGGGAUUUUAUCCACUGACCACCAGGAUUCACCCACUGGAUGCCCAGAACCAGGGAACCAGACCUAGCAGAACAACAGGUCCCUAAAGAGUGGAGACUCAGCAGGAGGCAGGGGACACCUGGGGGCGAAGAGCAGGGUGAGGAGGGGCGGAGGCCACAGAUGAGUUCAAAUCCUGAGAGGACAUGAGGGCUGCCCAGGCAAGGAAGGUGGCAGCCGCAUGGCAAACCUGUUCUGACUGUCCCAGGCGCUCUGGAGGAAUCAUCACUGCAUGCCACCAUUACCGCCAUGCAAGGCCUGUGUCCCAUUCCAGGGACGUGUGAGUCCUGGGCCAGAAACACUGGUGAAUGGUCUUGUGGUCCUGGGGCAGACACGAAGACAUCAAGACACACGCUGGGCCAUGCUUCUGCAGGCCGCCCUCUCCCGUCCUCAGCCCUGUAGAAUGCAGUCAGGAAAGUGUGUGUCGGCUGAGCCGGAGAAAGCAGCAGACAGCACAGCAAAAGCAGCCCAGGGGCUCCACAUGAUGAGCAGUGUGCAGGCCAGCGAGAAAACCAAAAGAUGCACACAGCUGAUUCUUUAGACCCCACAGCUGUCUACGGCGGACCCGUGCCACCCCACAGACUGCUAAGUAAAACCAGGCCUUGCCCAGAGCUGUUUGUGACUUCCAGCACCGCCAGUGAAGGAAGGAAUGCACGUGCCCCCCCCCCCCAAUGGGGUGUUGGUGAUGUUGAGGGGACAGCAACCUGGGCUGGAAGAGUUAAUGUCAUCACCCACAGUCCUGCUGCGGCUGGGUUCCAAAACCUUUUAGUGCACCCUGUGAUCUGCAAGCUAUGGCUCUAGACCUCAGUUAGGUCUUCCAAUUGAGAGCCCCACCGUGUCCCUGCUGGUGAUGAGAAGUCAUCACGCCAACCUGUGAUUAGAGGGCAGGUCACAGGUGAGCAUUGUACAGGCUCCAUCUGAGCCUGCCCUGGCCUCAGCCACUGCUCUGGGCGCCCCACUGCCAUGUCAUCUGCUUACCUGAGAACACCCAAGAAAGGCUUGUGCCACAGGGAUUCUGACCACUGGAUCAAACCUCACAGGCCUCCACUGGUUGCUUGCAGUGAAACACUCACUACUUUGCAGUACUGAAACACGUUCAGAAAGCACUUCCAGCAAGGCCAGAGCCCUUGGCAAGUGAAGUCUUAAUUAUGAACAUGUCUACUUGAUUCUAUGUAUGUAAUUUAUUAUAUUUUAUAAUCUAAGUAAACACAUGACUGAAACACA